GUGACGCAGAGCUGACGAUGAUACAAAACAAGUCAAAACAAACGGAUUUGGCUGCCCUGAAUCCUGAAAAGUUGCCAAAAUGUCUGCAGGCCAGUUUGAAUCGCUGGAGACAACUCUGGAGACUUACAUUCCAAAAGCUGAGCUGAAAGAAGUCAAACGCAUCUUAUUUGGCAAGGAGACUGAGCUGCUGGACCUCCCAUCAGGUGCCGAGGAGGCUGCACGGCUCUCUGACUUUGAGCUGAAAGGUUACAGCUUUCAGGCCAGGGUGGAACAGCUGAGGCUCCCCAGAAGGAUCCGAGUGGGACUUGUGCAGCAUCAUAUUGUUCUGCCCACAGACGCGCCCAUCGUGGACCAGGUCACUGCUUUGCACAACCGGGUUCGUCAAAUUGUGGAAGUCGCGGCCAUGUGCGGCGUGAACAUUAUCUGCUUUCAGGAAACAUGGACCAUGCCAUUUGCGUUCUGCACCCGCGAGAAAAAACCUUGGACGGAAUUUGCAGAGUCUGCUGAGAAUGGAAAUACCACACGCUUCUGUCAGGAGUUGGCCCAAAAAUACAAUAUGGUGGUUAUCUCUCCAAUUUUGGAGCGGGACGAGAUCCACGACACUCUGUGGAACACGGCAGUGGUGAUCUCCAACUCUGGAAAAGUGCUGGGGAAGAGCAGGAAGAAUCAUAUUCCCAGAAUUGGAGAUUUUAACGAGUCGACAUAUUACAUGGAAGGUGACACUGGCCACACAGUAUUCCAGACACAAUUUGGGAAGAUAGCCAUCAAUAUCUGCUAUGGACGCCAUCACCCCCUUAACUGGUUCAUGUACAGUAUGAAUGGAGCUGAGAUCAUCUUUAACCCUUCUGCAACUGUUGGUGCUCUCAGUGAGCCCAUGUGGCCUAUAGAGGCCAGGAAUGCAGCCAUAGCGAACCACUGUUUCACCUGCGCAAUAAAUCGAGUUGGAACAGAGCAUUUCAAAAAUGAAUUUACAUCUGGUGAUGGACAAAAAGCUCACCACGACUUUGGCCAUUUCUACGGAUCCAGUUAUGUGGCCGCCCCUGACGGAAGCCGCACCCCGGGGCUCUCCAGGACUCGUGAUGGACUACUGGUGGUAGAAAUGGAUCUCAACCUGAACCGCCAAAUCAGUGACAAAUGGAGUUUCAAGAUGACUGGGCGUUACCCCGAGUAUGCUGAGGGGCUCAUCAAUGCUGUCCGACAUGACUUCCAGCCCCAAAUAGUGAAGGAAAAACUAAACCUCUACAGAUGACGUUCUCAACUGCCCUCACUUUAGCACCCACGUUUUCCCAUUGGCAUAGAGUUAG